GCUCUGAAGAAAUUCGGGCGGCACAAAUUUACAACCGAGAGUUGGAAAUUGUUAUGGCACAUUCGGGGGCAGAUGAAGUUAACUAUUUUGUCCAAGACGAACAUGGUAAAUUUCUGAAGAUUCUUAAAAAUGUAGAAAUUAAACAGGAGCAUGAUUCGAUGAGUUCCAGCAGUGCUGUAUACUCGAACCUGGGUUCCAGCAUGGGAGGAGGCUACACCCAGCUGGAUGGAUCGAAUCAGUCACAUUUUGUUAAAAUGCAUCACAACAAUUACACACAACCUGCAGAUAAUGAAUUAACAUAUACAGUGAUAACAGCACAAGGAACUACAGACCGGCAAACCCCAACAAUUAAAUAUGAGACGAAUUCGAUAAUAAAAUAUGAGGCACCACAUACGCAAACCGUCAUUAAAACCGAAAGAAAGGCUCCAAAAUAUAUUGUUAAUAGUAGUCAACCCACACAUUAUAAAUCAAAAGCUCACACGAGCGCACAGUCAGUACAAAGAAAACGAAAACCAGAAAAAACUGGUAAAGGUUUAAAGCAUUUCUCAAUGAAGGUUUGUGAAAAGGUCAAAGAGAAGGGUACCACCUCUUACAAUGAAGUAGCCGACGAACUUGUGGCCGAAGAGGUUCAAAAUCAAACCAACGAAUCGACCAACUGUGAUCAGAAGAACAUCCGUCGUCGGGUGUAUGAUGCCUUAAAUGUACUGAUGGCAAUGGAUAUUAUUGCGAAAGACAAGAAAGAAAUACGCUGGAUUGGCUUGCCUAAAAAUUCUGUUGAGCAAUAUUCAGCAUUGGAACAAGAAAACGCUAAGAGACGAGAACGAAUUGAAGCCAAAGAGCAACAACUGCGUGAGUUGUUAUUGCAACAGGUAUCAUUCAAAAGUCUUAUGGAACGCAAUAAAGAGGCUGAACGGCAAGGUAUCAUUCCAACACCGAACUCCUCGAUUCAAUUGCCUUUCAUUAUUGUGAAUACGCACAAAUCUACCAAGAUCAAUUGCAGCGUUACAAAUGACAAAUCUGAGUACAUAUUCAAAUUUAAUGAUAAAUUUGAAAUGCAUGAUGACGCAGAAGUUCUAAAGCAAAUGGGUUUGCUUUUGGGUUUGGAUAAAGGUACAUGCACGUACGAAGAUAUUGAAAAGGCUAAAACGUUAGUUCCCCCGAAUUUUGGAAAAUAUAUCGAAGCUUAUGGUCGCGGUGAACCCGUUGAUUGCGAUUCCGACGACGAAAUGCAAUAUAUCGAACAGGAAUAUAUUACCAGCGAUACCAUUGGUCUGUCCAGAACUAGAGAACAAUCAGCAGACCUCGACGACGAUGAUCUCAUAGAAAGCGACAUUGAUUGAAUGUGCUAUUAAAGUGCAUGACUUGGGUGCAUUGGGUUGCUGAAGGAGAGAUUAACGAUCGAAUAAGUGAGAGAAGACGAUGACAAACUAUCCUCAGUGUUUGCAAACAUUGAUAGUAAUAUGCGUUCAAUUAAACAGUUAAACAAAAAAAUAUAAAUAUGAAGACAACGCAAAUGUUUGCAAAUUUAUAUACAUUUAAAAAUAGUAAAAAAAAAAUAUAAAAAAAAAAACAAAAUAAAAUAAUAAUAGUCGCAUAAUUAUUGUCAUUACAUACAAAAAGAAGGAAAAUAUUUUCCUUAAAACUUAAUUUGUUUUUACCUUCUAUCUAUUGAAUUUUCUCAACUCUAUUAACUUCUAUAAUUAUUUUUUUAUAUUUCCAUUCACAUAUUUUUAAACAAAGCUGUAUUCAAUAUUUAAACAUUGUUAACUCUCAGCAUUUGAACCAUUGUUUACAGUUUCUAAUUUAUGUUUUGUUUUAUGAACAAAAAAAA